CUCCCCAUGGCAGUGGGUGCCGCUGCUGCUGGGGCUGCUGCUCCCUCCUGCCGCCCCCUUCUGGCUCUUCAAUGUGCUCUUCCCCCCGCACACCACGCCCAAGGCUGAGCUCAGUAACCACACACGGCCUGUCAUCCUCGAGUCCAGAGUGAGGGCCGCUGCUCACAGUGCCCGGCUGCCUGGGGAAUCAGCUAGAAGCCAAGCUGGACAAACCAGAUGUGGUGAACUGGAUGUGCUACCGCAAGACAGAGGACUUCUUCACCAUCUGGCUGGAUCUUAACAUGUUCCUACCCCUCGGGGUAGACUGCUGGAUCGAUAACACCAGGGUUGUCUACAACCGGAGCUCCGGGCUUGUGUCCAACGCCCCUGGUGUCCAGAUCCGUGUCCCUGGCUUUGGCAAGACCUACUCUGUGGAGUAUCUGGACAGCAGCAAGCUGGCAGGGUACCUGCACACGCUGGUACAGAACCUGGUCAACAAUGGCUACGUGCGGGACGAGACUGUGCGUGCUGCCCCCUAUGACUGGCGGCUGGAGCCUGGCCAGCAGGAGGAGUACUACCACAAGCUCGCGGGGCUGGUGGAGGAGAUGCACGCUGCCUAUGGGAAGCCUGUCUUCCUCAUCGGUCACAGCCUCGGCUGCCUACACUUGCUCUAUUUCCUGCUGCGCCAGCCCCAGGCCUGGAAGGACCGCUUCAUUGAUGGCUUCAUCUCUCUUGGGGCUCCCUGGGGUGGCUCCAUCAAACCCAUGCUGGUCUUGGCCUCAGGUGACAACCAGGGCAUCCCCAUCAUGUCCAGCAUCAAGCUGAAAGAGGAACAGCGCAUAACGACGACCUCCCCCUGGAUGUUUCCCUCUCGCAUGGCAUGGCCUGAGGACCAUGUGUUCAUUUCCACACCCAGCUUCAACUACACAGGCAGGGAUUUCCAGCGCUUCUUUGCAGACCUCCACUUUGAGGAAGGCUGGUACAUGUGGCUGCAGUCACGUGACCUCCUGGCAGGACUCCCAGCACCUGGCGUGGAAGUAUACUGUCUUUACGGUGUGGGCCUGCCCACGCCCAGCACCUACAUCUACGACCACGGCUUCCCCUACACAGACCCUGUGGGUGAGCUCUAUGAGGAUGGUGAUGACACGGUGGCCACGCGCAGCACUGAGCUCUGUGGCCUCUGGCGGGGCCGCCAGCCACAGCCUGUGCACCUGCUGCCCCUGCACGGGAUACAGCACCUCAACAUGGUCUUCAGCAACCAGACCCUGGAGCACAUCAAUGCCAUCCUGCUGGGUGCCUACCGCCAGGGUCCCCCUGCGUCCCCGAUGGCCAUGGCCAGCCCAGAGCCCCCACCCCCUGAAUAAAGACUUUCCUGCUGUAAA